CCAGCACCCCAGCCAUUGCCAGCCUUCUUCUGGGUGACCUUGGGUGAGGCUCUGCUUGCCUGGAGAGCUGUUGAUUUACAAUGCAGAUUCAUCGCUCCUCGCCUGCCUGUCCCUGCCCCUCCUAAAUUGGGCUGGGAUAUAAGAGGUUGUUUGCUCUCUGAUGCCAACAGAGGCCAUGGCAGAACGCCCUGCCACGUGAGAGGCAGAGAUAGAGGAGAGGGGGCUAAGGAGGAGUGAGCUGUGCAGUUGCUCUUGCUUGUGGUAGCUGAGCAGCACAUCUGCAGGACCAUGUCUGUGCUGAACCCUGUCCUGCAGCCCACGGAGGUGAAGGACUACCUGUGCAAGGGCGACCGCUUCAUCAAAUGGGAUGAUGAAACAUCAAAUGCCUCUCCUGUGAUUCUCCGAGUGGAUCCCCGGGGCUUUUAUGUGUACUGGACCUAUCAGAGCAUGGAAAGAGAAAUUCUGGAUAUCACCAGCAUCCGAGACACCCGAGCAGGGCGAUUUGCCAAAAUGCCCAAGUCCCUGAAGGUCCGAGAUGUUUUUGACUUGGAUCACCCUUCCAGCACCUUCCUGCUGAAGAACCUCACAAUUGUAUCUGGUUCUGAUAUGGUUGACCUCACUUUCCAUAACUUUGUGUCCUACAAGGAGAAUAUUUGCAAGGACUGGGCUGAGGACAUCAUGGCCAUUGCCCGGAAUCCCCUCAUGUACAACGCUCCCCGCUUCACCUUCCUAGAGAAAAUUCUAGUGAAGCUGAAGUUGCAGCUGAAUGAAGAGGGAAAGAUUCCUGUCAGGAAUAUUUUUCAGAUGUUCCCUGCAGACAAGAAGAGGGUGGAAGAAGCAUUAAGAGCUUGUCAUCUGCCAAAUGGCAAGAAUGAUGCCAUCAACCCCGAGGACUUCCCCGAGCCGGUGUACAAGACGUUCCUCAUGAAUCUGUGUCCACGGCCUGAGAUUGAUGAGAUAUUUACCUCACACCAUCUAAAAGCAAAGCCCUACAUGACCAAAGAUCACCUGGCAAAGUUCAUCAACAAGAAGCAGCGUGACACCCGCCUCAAUGACAUCCUCUUCCCACCAGCCAAACCUGAGCAGGUGCAGAGCCUGAUAGAGAAGUAUGAGCCCAGUGGGUUUAAUGUCCAGAGAGGGCAGCUGUCUCCAGAGGGGAUGGUCUGGUUCCUCUGUGGCCCCGAGAACAACCUGAUCGUGCUGGAGAAGCUGAUGCUGUACCAGGACAUGACCCAGCCACUCUCGCACUACUACAUCAAUUCCUCACACAACACCUACCUGACAGCUGGGCAGUUUUCUGGGACGUCCUCUCCUGAAAUGUACCGGCAGACACUGCUGGCCGGCUGCCGCUGCGUGGAGCUGGACUGCUGGAAGGGCCGGCCCCCGGAUGAGGAGCCCAUCAUCACCCACGGCUUCACCAUGACAACUGAGAUCCUCUUCAAGGAUGCCAUCGAGGCCAUUGCAGAAAGUGCUUUUAAAACAUCUCCGUACCCUGUGAUCCUGUCCUUCGAGAACCACGUGGACUCGCCAAAGCAGCAGGCAAAGAUGGCCGAAUACUGCCGAACAAUUUUUGGAGACAUGCUGCUGACAGAGCCACUGGAGAAAUACCCGCUGAAGCCAGGAGUUCCUCUCCCAAGUCCUAAGGACCUCUUAAGGAAAAUCUUGAUUAAAAACAAAAAGAACCAAUCUAUGUCUGAGAAGAGGCAGAACUCUUUGAAGAAAGGGAGGAACGCAGAACCAGAAACCACUGAGCAGCCAACCUCUGUGGAUGCUGAAGAUACUGUCUGGGCAGGUGAUGUGGCUGAAGAGGAGCCAGAGGAAGAGGAUGAACAGCUCAGAAAUCUGGAUGAAGAGGAAAUUAAAAAGAUGCAGUCAGAUGAGGGCACGGCUGGUCUGGAAGUGACGGCGUACGAGGAGAUGUCCAGCCUGGUUAACUACAUACAGCCCAUCAAAUUCAACUCCUUCGAGGUCUCUGCCAAGAAGAACCGGAGUUACGUCAUCUCUUCCUUCACCGAGACCAAGGCUUAUGAUCUUGUGAGCAAGUUCCCCGUGCAGUUUGUUGAAUACAACAAAUGGCAGAUGAGCCGCAUUUACCCCAAAGGCACCCGGAUGGACUCCUCCAAUUACCAGCCCCAGAUGUUCUGGAAUGUCGGCUGUCAGAUGGUGGCACUCAACUUCCAGACCAUGGAUGUCCCCAUGCAGCAGAACAUGGCCCUGUUUGAGUUCAACGGGCAGUGUGGGUACCUGCUCAAGCACGAGUUCAUGCGGCGCCCCGACAAGCAGCUGGACCCAUUCUCCGUGGACCGCAUCGAUGGGCUGGUGGCCACUACUGUCUGUGUCACGGUACUCUCUGGUCAGUUCCUCUCAGACCGCAGCGUGAAGACCUACGUGGAAGUGGAGCUCCUUGGGCUGCCAAGGGAUGCCAAACGCAAACACAGAACCAAACUGACCUCCACAGCCAACUCCAUUAACCCUGUGUGGAAGGAGGAGGCUUUUGUUUUUGAAAAGAUCAUGAUGCCUGAGUUGGCGUCUCUCAAAAUUGUGGCUUGGGAAGAAGGAGGAAAGUUCAUUGGCCAGCGUAUCAUUCCCAUCAUCGCAAUGCACCCAGGCUACCACCACGUGUGCCUGCGCAGCGAGAGCAACAUGCCGCUCACCAUGCCCGCCCUCUUCGUGUUCCUGGAGAUCAAGGACUACGUGCCAGAUGCUUGGGCAGAUCUCACUAUUGCCCUCUCCAACCCCAUCAAGUUCUUCAACCUGCAGGAUAAACGCUUGAUGAAGCUCAAGGAUACCUCAGGGGAGAAGCCUGGCACACAGACAAACCUCUCAACUGCUGAGACUAAUGGGGUGACAGGCUCCACUAGGAAACCCAGCAUUCCUCUCUCUAACAGGUCCACAGGAGCAGCAGUGUUCGCCAAGGAUGAAGCCAUGUUGGAAGUAAUGCAGAUGGCAGAGCCUGAGACAAUCACCCUUGCUGAGCUGCAGCAGAAGAAGCGCUUCCUGAAGCUGCUGAAGAGGCAGGAGAAGGAGCUGAGGGAGCUGGAGUGGAAGGGAAGCAAACAGAGGGAGGAGCUGCUGCAGAAAUACUCCGUGCUCUUUUCGGAGCUGGCCUGCCCUGGGGGCAAGAAAAGGACAGUACGCACAAGGAAAACGCAGAAGAAGAGGAGCGUGACCCCAAGUGAUGCUGGUACCAGUGCAAAUCCUGUCAGAGCAGCAGAGAGCAUCGAUUGCCACUGGCUCGUGGAGCUGAGGGAGAGGCUGGAGAGGGACCUCAUCCACCUUGGGGAGGAGCACCACAAUCGCAUCCUAAGGAAGAAAGAGCAGCACGCUACCGAGCAAGUUGCCAGGAUCCUGGAGCUGGCCAGGGAGAAGCAGGCAGCUGAGCUGCGGGUGCUGAGGGACACAUCAGAAAGCAACAUUAAAGACAUUAAGAAGCGGAUGGAGGCAAAGAGAGUGGAGCGGGUCCAGGCCAUGCUGAGGAAUACCAGUGACAAGGCUGCUCAGGAGAGGUUGAAGAAAGAAAUUAACAAUUCCCACAUUCAGGAAGUGGUGCAGACAGUCAAACGGAUGACAGAGAAGACUGGCAGGUUGCAGCAGAAACUGGAGGAGAAGCAGGCAGCAAAUCUUCAGUCCAUCAAGGAGAGAGAAAACCAGCUCCAGCAGCAAGUACGGGUAGAAUAUGAGGAGAAGUUGAGAGCUCUGAACAUGGAGGUUCAGGAGAUGGUGAAGAACUAUACCAAAACCAGCUUUCCAGGAGAGCCACAGACUGGGAAGGAAGCAGGUCAGAGCAUUCCUGAGGGAGAACAAGGCUCUACAGAUCAACUGGAAGCAAAUAUCCCAGUGGCAGAGGUGUCCAGGCUUACACUGGCAAUGACUGAGCCCUCGGGAGCUGCAAUGGAUGUGGAGAUAGAAGAGAGCAUAUUCUGAGAUGAGGCCCUUCCUUACUGUUCAUUGCAAGAAGUUAUAUGGUGAAGUAACAACCAGCUUCACAAACUAUUGCCAUCCCUUUCCAUUCUGGGGAGCUCCUGAAAUCCUUCAGGAAUGUACCACAUUAUUCCAGAUAUCUGGAAGCAGUCUGAAGAGCUCACCCUUCAGAGUACUGCACCUUCUGUGUUCCCCAGCCUGAGCUCUGAGGUAUUUCAGCAGUGGGAAAGGGCCUGUGCCUGCAGACCAACUCCCUGUUGGCAUCACAGCAGCAGCUACAGGAAUAUUUACUUUGCAUUCAGAACAGUUCUUAGAGACAGUUCCCUCAUCAUUCUUCACAUGCAUCUCUUCACAUCAGUCCAACUCCUCCUAACAUCUUCCACACGGUUCAAUGAAACAGCAAUAAACAAACCUAAACACUGAUACAAAGAGACACCACAGGUGGGGAUAGGGGUGGGAAGUGGGCUCAGUCACAGCAAACCACACCAUGCUGUGUGUCCUACAGGAGAACAGUUACAUCUGAAGCUGCAUUAAUAAACAAUUACAAAUGCUGCUAUAAAACAAACCAAACCCCAGGUCAAGCAGGUAUGAGACAGCAUGUUCCACGCCUAGUCUGAACACCCAACAAGAGUCCACCUCUCCCCUGUGGUGUCACCAGAGUACUGGAAUUAUGGAUUGUACAUUUCUGAGCUAUUUAUUUUCUAAAAAAUUAAAACAUAGCAGUUCUU